AAGGCCACAAUGCGUCUUGUGCAGUGCAGCUGGCAUUCUUCCCUCUCUUCUUCUUCUUCUUCUUCUUCUUCUCCCUCUUUCCAUUUCUCUUCUUCUCCCCUCUAGAGACCUCAGCGAUGCCGAUGCCGUCUUCUUCUUCUUCUCUCCCGAUGAUCCUCGCCUUGCUCUCACUGCUCGCCCCAUCCUACAUUCUCGUGGAUGGCCGCGGGCUUGCUCUUGCGACCACUCCCCGCGCGUUCUCGCCCUUCCGGCCGUGGCCCAAGGACUCCGCCAAGUACUCCGCCACCGCCGCGGCGCUGGAGAGCUCCAAGGCGUUCGAGGGAUCAUCCGACUACGUGCACAUGAAAUACCAUAUGGGUCCUGUCCUCUCGCCCAAGAUGCACGUCUACAUUGUGUGGUAUGGCGCUUGGGACGCGAGCGACAAGGCCAUCAUCAAGGACUUCUUGCUCUCCAUCUCCACCCACAAGCUCGAGGCCCCCAGCGUGGCCAAGUGGUGGCGGACCGUCCGCCUCUACACGGACCAGACCGGGCACAACAUCACCGACUCGGUGAUCAUCGGUGCGGAGCACGACGCCCACUACUCGCACGGCCACUCGCUGACCCGGAUGAGCGUCCAGCAGGUGCUCAAGAGCGCGCUGGCCGAGAACAAUGGCUCCCUUCCCGUUAACUCCCACGGCGGCCUCUACCUCCUCCUCUCCUCCGAGGACGUGCUGAUGCAGGAGUUUUGCCGGGCCGUGUGUGGAUUCCACUACUUCACCUUCCCCUCCAUCGUCGGCUACACGCUCCCCUACGCGUGGGUGGGCAACUCGGGCAAGCAGUGCCCCGAGGUGUGCGCCUAUCCCUUCGCCAUCCCGUCGUACAUGCCGCACACGCAGCCCAUGAAACCGCCCAAUGCGAACCGGGGCGUCGACGGCAUGAUCAGCGUCAUCGGCCACGAGCUCGCCGAGAUGUCGUCCAACCCGCUCAUCAACGCCUGGUACGCGGGCACCGAUCCCACCGCGCCCACCGAGAUCGCGGACCUGUGCGAGGGGAUGUAUGGCACCGGCGCCGGCGGCGGCUACACGGGAUCUGUUCUUACGGAUGACAAGGGCGCCAGCUACAAUCUCAAUGGCAUCCAUGGCCGAAAGUAUUUGGUCCAGUGGGUGUGGAGUCCCGUCCUCAGCGCUUGCUUCGGCCCCAAUGCGCAGGACUAGAGCGCGAGCGAGCUCUCGGGAUCGCCAUCGACAUCGUCAUCAUCAUCGAAUCACAGCACUCGAAGCAUCGCUUCCUUCUUUUUUUCUUUGUUUUUCCUCUUGUUGCUGUCUGUACAUACAUAGAGCUCUAGCCUAGGGAGAGGAGAGGAGUUUUUUUGAAAGCAUAUGUGAUGUUGAGGCAAGAGGCAAGGUCCAGUUUUUGAUACUAAAAAAGAAACCCCCACAUUGAGAUUGUCAA